CAGCCAACAGCCACAGAGCCAGCCAGCCAUCGCAGCGAGCCGAGCCUAUCUACUGCGUACUGCUCCCGCCAGCGUGAGAAGUGACGUCACUUGUUGUAGAAUAGUGCUUUAGCAGAGGUGUUAUGUGCAGUGCUGAAAUCAAGGAAUUUGUUGUUACGUGAUUUUCAAUUGUAUUAUAUUAUUAUUAUUAUUAAUAUGUGUUUGUGAGUGCAGUUCAAUUUUUGUGUGAUGCAACGUGAAAACUUAUGUCCCAAAUGAAGAGGCUAGGACAAGAUGGUUAGAGAGACUCGUCACCUUUGGGUAGGAAAUUUGCCGGAGAACAUCCGAGAAGAUCGGAUUCGAGAUCACUUUAAACGUUAUGGUCGUGUACAGAGUGUCAAGUUAUUGCCGCGCGUCAAAGAUGACGAAGGUUCGGGAGUGUGUGCCACGGUGUCGUUCAUGGACAUUAAGUCAGCGUCGAAGGCGCACAACAACGAACAGAAGUUGGAGGAUCGCGCGCUGAGCACCGAGUAUCACGAGCCGGCCGCCAUUCCUGGGUCGUCUGCCGCAGCCGCAGCCGCAGCUCUGCCACCCCUGCCCCUCUACACCUCCACCCCCAGGUUCUCGCACGGGCCCCCGGACGAGAUCACUGGGUUCGAACGGUCUAGUCACUUUUACGAGAGAGGGCGAGGUGAGGGUGAAGCGGCGGCCGCCUACCUGAGGAGGCCCGCGUCCACCUAUCACGUGACCCCGCAGGAACCUCCGCUGCCGCACCGGGGUCGCACCCGCGACCGCAUCUACCGCAACGGCCCCUACACGCCCAUCAUUGAGAGUGUGGUGAGUAGGAAUCCAACAACACACCACAGAUCCAGCUGGAGUUACGAGAGUGCCUCCCGCUACCCUCCACCCACCACAACACCUGAGGUCAGCUACCCGGAGGACAGGCGAGAGCCCACCCCUGUAGUGCAUCUGCACAAGAAACACUCAAAGUCAUCUAGGUUACAAUGUCGAACGUACUGUAGGUCUGGUUCGAACGGCAGCGAGAGUGGUUCAAACUCUGGUUCGAAUUCGUCAAGGUCACGGUCAAGGUCGAGUUCGAGCUCCAGCCAAUCUGGCAGCAGCACCUGCAGUUCGGGCUCCUCAUCACCCAACUCUGAAAAGUCCUGCUCCACGCACAGUCACCACGGGAGUCUGCGGAGUGGGGUGACUUUGCAAUCAGCCGUGUCAACGCCCCACACCAACACGUCCAGUCCAGCUGUGCACGGUGAGGAUCGGAGGCCGUUAGCCAUUUGUGUUCGCAACCUUCCUGCUCGAUCGAGUGGCUGCGCUGGUGUUGGUUGGUUUGCAGACACGAGCCUGAAGGACGGCCUGUUCCACGAGUACAAGAAGCACGGCAAGGUGACGUGGGUGAAGGUGGUCGGCCAGGGCGCCGAUCGCUACGCGCUGGUCUGCUUCAAGAAGGCCGACGACGUGGACAAGGCACUGCACGUGUCACAUGACAAGCUGUUCUUCGGCUGCAAGAUCGAGGUGGCGCCCUACCAGGGCUACGAUGUCGACGACAACGAGUUCCGGCCCUACGAGACCGAGCAGGACGAGUUCCAUCCCAAGGCCACGCGCACCCUCUUCAUCGGCAACCUUGAGAAGGACGUCACCGCCCCCGAGCUGCGCAAACACUUCGACCAGUUCGGCGAGAUCAUUGAAAUCGAUAUAAAGAAGCAGGGCACGAGUUCGUCGUAUGCGUUUUGCCAGUACUGUGACAUCGGCAGCGUGGUGCGAGCAAUGAGAACACUGGACGGCGAACAUCUCGGCAACAACAGGAUUAAGCUCGGCUUCGGCAAGUCGAUGCACACCAACUGUGUCUGGGUUGAUGGUGUAGCGGAAACUGUCAACGAUAAAUAUCUGAUGAUGCACUUCACCCAGUACGGACAUGUUUCUCAAGUGGCAAUAGAUCGGUCACGGGGUCAUGCGCUUGUAUUUUAUGACCAGAUCUCAUCAGCCCAGGCAGCUGUGAAAGAAAUGAGAGGAGUCUGCCUGAGAGGUCGAAAACUGCAAGUGGACUUUGCUUCAAGGGAAUGCCAAGAGGCUUUCUAUGACCAUCUCGAGAAACAAACCAACUCAUUUGAAAACAGCACGAAUGUGCAGUCGCCUCAGGGUGUGGUGAACAAUGCGGUGAGAGGCUUCGAGACGCCAUCGUCGUCGACGUCCAGCACUGGUGGUGGCGCAGGGGUGGCGGGGGCGGCAGCAGGUGCGGCAACGGGGGCGGGAGGUCGGUACCCGGCCGUGCGCUACCCGGGGGCGGCAACCCAGCCGGGGGCAGCGACAGCAGUGAGGUCAUCAUCGGUGCUGUACUCGUCACCCACCCCCUCCCCUUCCACCCCCGUCAGGACGACCACCCCUCGUUCCGCUGGCCACCCCAUAUCGUCAGCGAGGUUCGACUUCAACUCCGACUAUCCUUCUGAAAGGAGGUCAUACAGGGGCUAUGACGAAUUGGCGAACGAUGACAACUCGGUGGUGGUGGGGGGGCCACCAGACAUCAGGCACCUGCAGAAGGAGCGGGUGGCACUUCUCGAACAACUGGAGGACUGCCCCAGCUCGGGCGAGGAAGGCGGCGGUGGCGGCGGGGGUGGACCCGAGAACCAACUGCUGCUGCCGGCCGAGCCGAGACGUACGCCUCGCGACCGCCCCUCCACCGACCUCCCCCUCUCUCUGCCACUGCCACGAUUCGCCUCGCAGGUCCUAUCGCCCCGCCCCGCACCACCAUCGCCCCCCGCCUCACCCACCCGCCAUCGCUCCUCCUCUGACGACGACUCUGAGCCGUCGCCACCUUCACCCGAGUGGGAGGAGCGGCUGCGAUCGCUCGACGAAAAGUACGAAAAGUGGUCCGGCUCCCGGACAGCUCCAGCAAAAGUUGACGCCACUUCGCUCAGGAUAAGGCACAAACUGCUCGACCUGGAUCUGAACGAGUUGCAGCCGUCCGACAUAGUCAAGUCGGUGCUGGCCAAGCGGUCGGUCUUCGACGAAGACAGCAAACGCCUCGAGAACUUUGGCGAGAAGUACGAGCCGAGGGAGUUCGUGCCAUCGCGACCAGGCCUGGCUGGCCUGCGCUCGCGACUAGACUCGCCACUGCACUCGCCGGCCACCACCACCUCGCCCUCGCCCCUCUCGUCGUCCUGCUCGAGUGGGGCGGCAGCCAAGGGCCUGCAGUACCCCUUCCCCAGCCACCCCCCCGUCCAGCCCACCACCAGUGUUGCCACAACCACAGCGGCCUCCUGCGUCAGUGUCCUCACCUCGCCCUCAGCUCAGUCUCAACUAGCCAACACCUCUUCUGCUGCCACUACCGUCUCCUCUUCAAGGCAGUAUGCACACAUGUCGUCUGUAAAUUAUCCGUUACCAAAGAUCCACUCACCCGCCUCACCUUCCGAGCGGCGAUUGGAACCCCCCAGUGAAGUUAGCAAUCCACGAUUGCCUACGCCUCUUACCGCUACUUCUAGUUCCACGUUUUUAGAUAAAAGUAAAUCUGUCCAAAAGUUGACGUGUACAAAAAACGAUAAAUGUGAUAUUACCAGUGCAAAGGAAAUGUAUCCCAGCCUGUGUAGAUCGGUGAACGUUUGCAACAGGCGAGACAGUGUAGAGGACAAGGAGUCGGAGGGCAGGCGGAGGUCGAGGGACGAGGUUUGUGAAGUGAAACAGAACGCUGACAGUGUUGAAAAGAAGGACAUUCUAGGGGAAGGUGAUAAAACAAAGGACACUGAAAUGUGUGAUAGGAGAAAACGCAGGCCUAGUAUAGAUGUAAAAGAUAGUGUUAGAAAAGACAUUAGUGAAGGCAGCACUUGUGAUAAGUUUCCCAAGGACAGGCGAAGGGAUAGUGUAGACAUUAGUAGCAGUGUACAUAAAGACGAUGUUAGUGUCGAUAUUAGUUGUAGUAAAUUAAAAUUAAAUGAAACUAAAAAAGACUGCAAUAGUGACAAUUCAGAAAUAAGUAGCUCCACAUGUGAAAGUUCCAAAAUAUUUAAUGACUUGGAAAAUAUUUCAAAUAAAAAACACGAUUCUAUGGAGAGGAGGAAAGACUCGGAAGAAAAUGUUAAACAUUCUCUAAUAGACUCACUAGACAAGAAGAAAGAUAUUUUUGGUGUUGGUUCUGAAAAGGACAGAAGAAGAACACGAGAAAACACUGACAGUUCCAAUGAAAAUGCUAGACUCAAAAAAGUACCUGAUAACAUAGAAAGAAACCGAGAUGUGGAAGCUGAAUCGAGGCACAGGGAUGGUGCGACAGUGUUGGAAGAUUGUGCAACAAAGAAGACUGCAUUGGAACCGGUAGAGAAGAGGAAGGAAAGUCAUUCUGAACAUCCCAGAAAUCAUGAGAAUCCUGACAAGAGGAAGGAGAUUUCCAGUGAUACUCAGCAUGAAAACACAAGGCAUAAAGAGAAGAAAGAACAUUCCUCAGACAAGGAAAGAAGGCGAGAAAGAGAUUCUUCAGAACACCUUGAAAAUUCACGACAUAAGUCAUCCUCACGGAAAAGUCCGGAAGUGAAUGAAAUUCACAAACAUCCUAGAGACUCGGAACGAAAACGAACUGAUUCAGGAGAUUCCACAAAAAACUGUUCAUCUCGAAAGGAAUCAAAUUCCUCUGACGAUACUGUCUUCAAACACUCGGAAAGCAAAAAGGAAACUGAAAACCAAACAACUAGACAGAAAGAUGCCGAUAAGAGAAAAGAGAUAGACGUUUCGUUUGAUGUUGCAAAAAUUAUUCAAAAGAAAGAAUCAGAUGCAUUGGAACAUCGAUCAAAAGAGUCUAGAAAAGAGACAGAAAAUUCAUCGUCAUGCCAUAGAGAUAAUGACAGGCGAAGGGAGGAGCACCAAGAUCACAGGCUCAAAGAUAUGGAUAAGAGAAGACACAGUGUUACAUCGGAUUCGUCCAGGCAUAAAGACUACGAUUCUGCAGAAACGUCUAAAAGUCGAGAAUCUGAGAAAAGGAGGGAUGGAGAUUUUCAAGAUUAUUCCAAGCAUAAAGAUACGGACAAGAAGAAGGAAUCUGACUGUUACGAUCACAUCAAAGUCAAAGAUGCUGACAAGAAAAAAGAAUCGGAUUCUGCUGACUCAAGACAUCGAGAAGAAGUGAAAGAAAGCCAUGAAAAUAUCAAGCACAGAGAUCAUAAGAAAAUCGAUGAAAAUCAUGAUGAUAGCAGGCAUCAAUCCCCUUUAGAAAACGAUUUGCUAGGGGAGUCCAUUGCUUUUGACUCACAGAAAAACAAGGAGAAUGAUAAAAGAAAAAUUAAUGAUUAUGAUUACAGUCGGCAUAAGCAUUCAGAUACUAAAAAAGAUCAGGAAAUAAUAGAAAACUGUAAAAUAAGAGAUUUCGAGAAGAGGAAGGACUACGAAAUAAGUGGGGAAUACUCGGCUCACAAAGACGUCAUCAGCAGAAAAGAGAAUGAACAGCUUGAAGUGUACAAACAUAAGGAAUUCGAAAGGAGAAAUGAUAUCUUUGAAAGCAUCAAACUCAGAGAAUCGGAACGAAAAAACUCAGAAUCUUCAGAAAGCCAUCGAAGAAAAGAAGACAAGAGAAGAGAUUCUGAGAAUGAUAAUAACAAGUACAAAGAUCACUCUGAGAAAAAGAGAGAUUUCGAUUCAGACAAAUAUAAACACCGAGACUUGGAUAGGAAGAGAGAAGAAAAGGAGAAGCGUCGAGAAAGAGAAAACUCAGAAACGUAUGAAGUAUCUAAGAGAGAUGAAGAACGAAGAAAGGAUAGAGAAACUGAUAGAAUUGAAAAAAUGAGAAAAAAUAGGGAUAAUGAUAUUCAUGAUCGGCACAAAGAAAUGAACCAUGAUAGUUUUGAGAAACGUAAAGAAGAAAUGAAUGACAAGAGAGUUACAGAACAUCAUGAGAAACGGAAAGAUAUUGCAAGUAGUAAUUGUGAUGAUAGUGAGAGGAAGGGCGAGAGUAUAAAGAAGGAGAAGCGCAAGGAGAGGACGAGCAGCAGCAACAGCAGCAGCAGUUGGCCAGCGGCGAUUGGCUGCAAGCGACGGCUGAGCUCGCAGGACAGCCUCGACAGCAGUGUAGAGGAGGCCAAGCGAGUCAAGCCCGAGCGACGCGACUCCAAGGACAGCGGCAAGAGCUCCUCCAGCAGCAAGAAGAGCACCAGCGACAAACACAACAACUUCACCAAAAUGCUCGAGGACAAAAUCAAAGAAGACAAGGAAAAAGAGAUACACCGGAAAAAGAAAGAAGAGGAGAGCCCCAGCGAAAGCAAGAUCAUCAAGCCGGGUAGUCGCAAAGAGAAGAGAAAUAGUGGCGAGAAACGAAAAGAGGAUAGAAAAGCAAAGCCGAGGAGAGACACUGCCAACACUUGUAGUGAUACGGACGGCAGUGGUGAUGACGAAUCCAAAUCAUCCAAGAAGCAUUCAAUAUUCGACAUUGUCGAUGAUGAGCCUGCUUACAUCUCAAUGUACGAUAAAGUGAAAGCGAGGUCAACGAAGAAUAUGCAGAAGCUCGAAGAAGAGAAACGCCAAGAACGACUGAAAGAAAAGUUCAAUCAGCUGAAACAAUGCAGGGCGAAACGAGAGGAGAAGAAACGUUCCACGUCCUACGAUGAGGAUUCUGAUUCUGAGAGAGGCAUAAGCAGAAGAAGUAAAUUGUUGAUUACCAGCUCAGAAGAGGAUGGAGGUUCCGAGGGCGAUGUGCGAUUGAAAGGCAGGAAGAUCAUGUCAGAUACCUCAGAAGAUGAUAAUCACAAACAUAAUUCUCAUAGGAUUAGCAAACCAAUGCGAAUUUUGUCGGAGGACUUGGAACCAAAGCCACGUAAAAUAAUGUCUGACACUUCUGAAGAUGAUUCAUUGAGAAUGAAUAUGCUGAGAGUGAAAAAUUCAAGGAUCCAUUCGUAUGAAAAUGAUUUGAAGAGUAGGAAAAUAACGUCUGAUACAUCUGAGGAUGACUCAGUGAGAAUGAAUAUGAAGCCCAAAAUUACAAGGAUCAACUCUGAUGAAAGUGAAACUGAUGUAGGAUUUGUAGACAGUCAUAAGACCGACGAUGAAACACAUCAGCUAAAAUCCAGUUUGCUUGAAAGUUCAGAUAUUUUCUCAAAUAUUUCUGAAGAUCAUGACAACUUUGGUGAGAACGAAAUAGAUUCUGAUUCGAGAAGACCACCAUCUGGAGCUUCGUUUCGAAGAAACUCUGUCGAUAGUAAUCCACCUAGCACCAAUGAAUUACCAAGGAAAAAAUCACAUAAGAAGAAACAAAAACGACAAAAGAAUUCCGACUACAACGAUGGAAGCAUGUCUAACAAGCGGCAUUCAUCAAAGAAAGAUCGUAGAAAGUCGGCUCAUAGCAGAGAUGGCGAUGAUGAAUCUAAAUCUUCAGACAAGAACAAGAUACGAAAAAAGAAAAGUGAUCGCGAAACUACAAAACGUGAUGAAAAAAUGGAAGACAUCUUCGGCCCAUUAUCGGAUGAUUCUGAUAAGAUAAUGGGCAAAUGGCAAGUAUCUCAAGUGUAUGGCUCUGAUUCUGAUUCGGACCGAGAAGUGCAAAGAAAACGAGAGAAGAAAAGACGCGAAAGAAAAGCGAGGGAAUUGGAUGAAGCAGGUAGAGCACUUGAAGCAAAGCUUUUGGAUGUUACUGAUAACUACAUCAAUGAAGAGCCAAUCAAAACUAAGAAGAAGAAGCGUAAGAAGUCUCGAGAUGAAAAGAUUAAACACCAUCAUAAGUUGGAUGAUGAGCCGCCAGUUCUUCCUCCAAUGAUAGAACAAGACCAACAAACUAUUGUCGAUUUGGAAACUGAGCCGGAGAAAGAACCAGAACGUGAAGAAUUGAAGCCAUCUAAAUGCAGUAUUUUGACUCAGUCUCUUCCAAGUCUAAUUGACAGUCCUCCGCAUUUGUCAACUCACAACAAGAAGCCACACAUUCCAGGGUUCGGCGCUCAAGUUGAUGAGAAUAUCCACGAGACUGCUGUCAAGAGCAUUUCCGAAUCAUCGUCUACUAAACGAAUUGAACCUAUGAAAGAACCCGAACAACCACCAACCACAAAUCCAUCAGACGAAAAAUCAACAGCUAUCUCGCAAGAAGAAACUGAAGAUGCAGUUGCUGCACUACUAAUGGAGGAUGCUUUUGGCGGAGGAUUUGAGUCGUCUGAAAUGUUUCCCGCUGAGGAAGAAACAACAAAGCCUGAUACUCCAGUUUCCGAACCAGACCUGCAAAUUGAUACUGACACCGAAGAUACGUUUGAUCCUAUCGAGUUCUCCAGAUCAGCGGAAGCUCCAAGAACACCGGAAAUGCAUUCUGAUUACUACAGGCAACAAGAAAGUGGAAGAGAAGGCCUUGAAGAAAGAAUUCUGGCCAUGGCAUGUCCAGAUAACAGUGAAGAAAGUCAAAUGCCAACAGCCAAGUCCGUCAUUGAGUCUCCAUCUCUGGCAAAUAUCGAUGAUAAAGGUGAAAAGAAGAGAGACCAUCUUCCAAUUGACAUUUCUGAGCCGAAGACUGCUCCCAAAGUCAAGUCACCUGACGUUGAACACACCAAAGCAACUAUUCCAUCAGUUAGCAACGAUCCUCCGAAGCAAACAUCAGUCAUAGAAAUCAGUAAACGCCAUGAACUUCCGCCCAUAGUGAAACAGGUUGAUCUCCUUCAUCCUGUAAAAAUUGCACAAACCAAUCAAAUAAAGCCACAUCAGACGUUAACUGAACAAUAUAAGCAUACAAUGAGCUUAUCAGAAAAUGCUUUCAAAUCACAUAUUCAAACACUUCCAUCAAAGCCAAUCGCAGCUCACAUACCAACACUUCAGCCUGUUGUCAUCAAACCAAUGAAACCAGACGAUCUAAUACAAGAGAGGAAACAAUUUCCAUUGCAGGCAAAUCCAGCAAUCUUUCAUAAUCAACAUCAUCCCAAUUCAAAAAUUCAAAAUCAAAUUGUGCAGUCAAGCAAUACAGCAAUGAUGAUUGGACAAAAAGUGCAGCCAAUUCAUCCUUCGAAACUGGUCACUCCAGUUUCUCAACACCAGCCACUGAACAAGAUGCUCACUGUGCAUAUUGAUAAGCCCAGCUGCCAGCCGCUCCUAAAUUCGAAUGUCAGUCCACGUCCGUCGGGGCAACAGCUCACUCCUCAACCUGCUACUCAAAAUAAGCACCUCUUAUCUCCGACACCACCUACUCUGCUACAAAUUCAUACUACUAAGGAGCCAGUUUCACCACUGUUGAAUCAACACCAACCAAAUCAAAUUUUACAGAAACAAUCCCAAAUGCAACAACAGCCGCAGCACAUAAUUUUGGUCCAACAAAAGCAGGAAGCCAAACUGCAGCAUCACGAUCAUCUCGUGAAAGCUCAACAGCAAUUCCAUCACGAAAAGAAAGAACAUCACAUUCCACAGCAAAAGCUAACAUCACAGAAACCGCAUAUUAAUGACACACAAGGUAAUCUACCGAAAGAUAAAAUCUCAGUUGUGAGUGAAGAACUGAAACAAAAAGACCACACCAUUGAGCAAAGGAAGAUUACAGACAUUCCCAAUCAAUUACAUUUGCAUAUUCAUACUCAAAAUCAAGCUAUAAAUCAGCAGCAACCGAAAAUGGGUACACAACCAUCACCGACUGUCAUAUCGACCACAUCAGCAGUGACGUCAUCGACGGUCACCAAACUGCGAACUCCAUCUCCAUCUCCGCAGCUGCUGCAUCCGGUUGUCGGCUCACAACUUCCUGCUUCCGGUCCAUGUGCUAAAGAGGCAUUAUCACCUCGCCAACAAGAUGGCUUGGUCAAAACACCACGACAAGGACUGCUAUCACCAAAUGCCCAACACUUCCAUUCACAGCCGUCUCCCAAUCAAAUUGUACACCGGCCACCCGUCAAUCAAACACUCCAUAAACAACCCGUGUUUCCGGUAUCUAACAGCAGUGACGUAACUAAAGAUACCAAGCCAAUCGCUGUGUAUUCAAACACACAUAAGACUCAUAAUACUAUAAAAGAUGAAAAGCAUAUUGAUCCCUUUGACAAGAUUAUUGAAAUGUCUCAGUGCAAAAAAGAGCCAGCAUCCCUGCAUUCAAAAUUAUCUCCGACCAUUCCAUCUGUAAAACAAGCUGUUCAAGAAAAGCAUCAUGAAGUGGAACUACUCAAUUCUAAAGAUCUCGACUUUUCUUCGUGCAAUAAUUUCAAACCUAUACCCACUGUUGGAAACCACAUAGACUAUCAUAAACAUGUACCUCAAGAUCUCAAACAAUCAAAAGAGGUUGUUUCGGAAGUUAAGCCAUUGAAUUCAGUCAUUCAGGAUCUCACCGAGAAAAUCUCAAAAGAAAAACAAGUACAACUGAACUCAAUUGGCGAUGAAAAAGAGAAGCCUUUAGAUUCCAUGGUCCAAGAAAUACACCAGAGGAAGAUAAAUGCUUUGAGUUCAACGGAUACCGAUUCGUCCAAAAAUCUUGUCAAAGAAGAAUUGGAGGUGAAAGAAGUUAAAACCGAGCCCCCUGAAGAUGAAAAACCUCUCUCCUGUAUAAUUCAGUCGGCUCAGCUUGAGACGAAGCAAACCCACAUAGAAAAAGUUGACAAAGCUUCUGAAUUGAAACCAGUUGACCCUACGGUUUCUGUCGACGCUAAGAAAGAGAUAUCUCCGCCUGAAAAUGUGAAGACUGAAGAUUUGUUUUCUAAGACAAGUCCAAUGGAAAUAGACGAAAGUAAACCAGAAGCAGAAUCAGACCUAAAAGAACAGCAAGGAACAGUUAAAGAAGAACAAAAAGUCAACAUGUUGCGGAUAAAGAAAGAAGACAUCGUUGAUCGGCCAUUUUCUCCCGACCUGGCUGUUGCACCAUCCACUCCAAAGAUGGAGGAAAUCGAGAGCUCAGUUUUUGUGAAGCCGGGUGAGAGCAGCACUGAACCUUGCGAUGAUGAAACAGCCAAACAGGAUCAACAUGUGCCCGAUAACACUAAAAACUUGAAAGACGACAAAGACGAAGAGCCGCUGGCGACAUUGUUGAACGCACAGAGCGGCGGUCGGACGAAUGCUGGAGGCGGCAGAGGUGGCAGACGGCGGAAGGCAGCCGGCGGUGGUAGAGGAGGCGGCGUCGCGACGCGGAGAACGCGAUUGAACAACCGGUCAGCCGCUUCCACACCAACCGCAGACGUCUACGAGUUCAGGGACGACUCUGAGGAGGAGACUGGUCGGCCUCGACUCAUUCUCACCAUCAAGAGUCCGGCCCCCGAACCACCGCCCCCGCAGCAACCGCCGCCUCCACCGCAGCAACCGCCCCCACCACCGGCAACCACCCCUGCUACAACUGCGCCUCCAGCCACCGCACCAACCGCCACUGGAUGCUCCACCAGGAAGUCUCGUAGACUGCAGGAAAAGGAUGUGAACAGAACAACGAUAGACGACACAAUCGAGGACGUGAUCCGCGGCACCAGAAGCAGCACUCGGCGUGGAGCAAGGGCGGCCGGCCUGGCCGCAGCCGCAGCCCCAACUCUGCCAACACCGGCCACCGCACUGGAGACGCGCAAGUCACCCAGACGCAAGCAGCCGCAGGCGCCGACCACCAAGGACACAGACGCACCACAAAGUCCGCCGGCCAAACAGAGUCGGCCCUCGACUCCGACGCCUGCCAGCGUCGCCGCCCCCGCCCCUGCUCCACCCCCAGUCGUGACACCUCAGCCGUCGACUCCUUCGGCCGCCGCUCAGCCGCAGCAGUCGUCUCCGCCGCCGCCCAAGGAGCAGCUAGCUGACUUGCCACCACCUGCUGCCGCCCCCGCCGCACCGCCUCCUCCGGACGAGCCGCAGCCGCCUCCCGCCAGCAAGGAGCCCAUGACCCUCAUCGACCCAGUCACCGGCCUACUCAUCCCCAUGCAGGAGUCAGAGGAGGGCCAGUAUGUGCCUGUCAACAGCAACGGCGAGCCAGUCAACAGAGUGACCGCGAUAGCAACAACGGUAGCGGUGACAACAGUAACAACCUGUUCGGAUGCGGAGGACAGUGGAGAGCCGUGCGAGAAGCGUAUGAGAAGAACGGUGGUGAGUCUGCCGGCGGACACGAGCAUCACAUCGGUGACGGUGUCCGUGCCGCCCCCAGUGACAGUGUCCGUUCCGCCCCCAGUGACAGUGACCGUGCCGCCCCCGGCUCCGCGGCCACUGUCCGGUGCGCCGGUGCGGCCCGGAGUCGGAGUCGCUGUUGUCAAGCCAGUUCCACCGAAACCGGCGCCACCACCUCCGCCGGCCGCCCCCGCCAAGCCACCCAUUGUAGCCAUGCCGCCUCCCAUCAAGGCCUCGCCUCGACCCCCCAAGCCGCUGCUGCCCCCGCCCACCUCGGCCACUCCCACCGGCAUCGUCAAGCCUUCCAACCUCAUUAUGAGUCCCAAGUCUGCCGCCGUUGCUGCCACACUCCAUCAGCCGCCUCUCACACUCAAUCGGGUUGUGGUGGCUCCGAAUCUGUCAUCAGCUACUAAAUCGGGCAUUCCGCCGAAUAGCAACAUGGGCUCAGUGGGCGUGGCGACCACACCCAUCAACCACAAGGCACACCUACUGCAGGCCGUCAACCGCGCCAAAGUGCCCACGCCUAUGACACCCAAGGCGCACAUACUUCAAUCCAUCGGAAAUACGGUGAAUUGCAACACAAGAGAAGGCAUAGUUGGGCCAGGAACCCCUCCACCGCCGCAUCAUGGUUCCCUCCUCACCGGUUCCGUGGCGAGUCCCCCACUCAGAGCGCACAGUCAGCAGCCCAUCGUCACCGGGGCUAGCAGCUCAAGGGCGAUUUGUAAACCGAUGGUGGACUCGAUCAAGAUGGAGCCGCUGAAGAUGGAAGCAGGUGCUACGGCUGGCAUUAACUUGUCGGCCAGCAGUGGGGGCGGUGGCGGAGGCGGCGGUGGAGGCGGCGGCUGCAUUGUUGUGCCAACCGCCAGUCCACAGCCGCCCCGCGGACAGGCUCAGGUCAUGCAGGCCGGUCUGCCUGUGCCUGCCUACGAGGCUUCUCUGCACGGGGUGGUGGCUGAACUACUUCCGAAUCCUCAGUGGCCUCGCCAGAGUCAGAGUCCCCCUCCCGCGCAUCAGCACCCUGCGCCUGCUCAGGGUGAGGUGGUGCAGCACGUGAAUUACAUCCAGCCAGCUCACUACGUUCACUCACAGCUUAUGUACCAGCAAUACCUCAGGGAAGCAGCCAUGGCUCUGCCAGCGGCUGCAGCUUACCAAUUCACGCCAGGAGUGAAGGCGGAGUGCGAGGACGCAGCACGGGUGACAGGAGGCAGUCCCCCGGGGGCGGGGCCUCUGGAGUUGCGGCGAGGCUCGCCACACGACCGCACCACCGACUCGCCACAAGUGGCAACACUGUACGUGCACGGGCCGCGCCACCUCUACUACGAGCAGCCGCCCCCGGCGCACCGCCCCUCGCAGCCGCCCCACGGCCACCGACCACCGGCUACGCCGCCCCACGCCAGCCAAGUGCCGCCCCAGGCCGACUCGCUGCUCAUGCUGCUGCAGCGCUACCCCGUCAUGUGGCAGGGACUGCUCGCCCUCAAGAACGACCAGGCCGCCGUGCAGAUGCACUUUGUGUUUGGCAACCCGCACGUGGCCCGCGACUCCCUGCCCUGCAACUCGGAUGGCUCCACUCCGCCGCUCAGGAUCGCCCAGCGAAUGCGGCUCGAACAGACUCAGGUCGAGGGCGUAGCACGAAAAAUGCAGAUGGACAACGAGCACUGUAUGCUGCUGGCGCUGCCGUGCGGCCGAGACCACAUGGAUGUGCUGCAGCAGUCCAACAAUCUGCAGAGUGGAUUCAUCACCUACCUGCAGCAGAAGCAGGCAGCUGGCAUUGUCAACAUUGCCGUGCCCGGCUCGCAACAGGCAGCGUACGUUGUCCACAUCUUCCCGGCUUGCGACUUUGCCAACGAGAGUCUGGCGAGGAUAGCUCCAGACCUGCUACACAGAGUGGCUGACAUCGCCCAUCUUCUCAUCGUCAUCGCCACUGUGUAGCUGCAUCUCAAACCAAACCAUGAUUAUGACACUUUACCGGACGAGACUCAACAUCAACUAAUUUCACACUAUCAGACUCCCGCUGAUGUCACGUUUAUAGGAAUAGCAUUACAAGUAUAGCCAAGAUUAUCAGCGUGUGAACUAAAGACAUUCCUCAAUCUUCAAGUGAGCCAAAGCACUUUUAUAAUAUUGCUCACAAUGAACACUUGACGAUUCAAACAAAAUGAUUAUCGCUAUCUCCUCCUCUCCACAAGUAAUUUGAAUUCGAGCUAGUAUUUAUGAAUUGUCACUAUUGUAAUUAGGUUUUAAUGACUAUCACUAAGUGUUUUCGGAUAAGUACAAUGAAAUAAAAUUAAUGAGCAUCUACUAUCUCCAAUAAGAGCAAUAAAACAAAAUCAAAUACCCAUUCCUAUUUAGGAUUCAUGUUUUUCUAUACUGUAGUCCAAUUUAUAGAAUCUGAAAAUACUACAUCGAAGCUGCUAAUAUAUUAACGUCUUACCUAAUAUUAUAUAUGCGAAUAUAAAAUCUACAAAAUAUAUUUUACUGAAUAAAAUCCGGUAUUCCGGCGCAUAAAAGAAAACAAAAAUUGUACAAGAAAUAGAUUGUAUUGCAAUAUUUUAAAAAAACUUCCAUGUAAGAAGUACAAAAGCUUAAAAAUUAAUAUUUUAUUUUAUAGUUGUUGAAUUGUUUGACAAAGAUAUUGGAAUAAUGAUUAAUUUUAUUAGAAGUAAUUAUUGAUUUUAUUUUGAACUGAUUAUGUACACCAUUUGACCAAAAAAGCAACUCAUCCCCCUUUUAUUGUGUAUAUUGAGUAAGGUUAAUAUAUUAUGAUAGUAAGGAUAUUUGGUUAUAUAAAUAGCUAGCAUAGGGACAUUUCAUUUAUUUCUAUAUAUGUAAUAUUUGUAAAUUUUGGAGCCAAUGUAAAUAUAUUUCAAUAAGUUAAUGUCAGUUUGCUCAAAUAAAUAUAGAUUAUAUUAUAUAUUAUACAAAUAUAUAAAUAAAUGAAAAUAUUAUAGCUUCAUAUUAUUGAGGCGCAUAUGUACAUAUUAUAAAUAUAUAUGAUAAUAUAUAGAAUGAUAAAAGUACCUAUAACAGUAGAUGUUUUUGUGUGACGUUAUAGUCGAGGAUGAAACCCAUACUUCUAUUUUCUUUUUUAUCUGGUUGAAAAACUUUGUAAAUAGUUCAGAGAGUUUCUUGGGCUGUGAUCUCUGCAUUAAGUUGUAUCGUUAUUUUUCAAUUGAUAAAAAUAUAUUUAAAAAUCAUCCAGUGAUUUAAGUUAUUAAAUGAUUAAAGAUGUUAGUGAAAAUAAAUUAUUGUUUUAAUAACUAAA